AUGUUCCGCAAGGAGGAGCGUAAGAAGGAGUACAAGAAGAUUUUCGACGACUCGCGUCGUCGUCGUGAGGACCUGCAGGCGCAGAUUCGCAAGCAGACACGUGACCGUCAGUUCCAGCGCCACCGCGCGUGUGCCACAGUCGAAGAUGACACUACUAUGAUACCUGAGAUUGACCCUGUGGUCGAGAACAACGUGCCGUUGUCGUUCGGCGAUAUGCACGAUCCCGGCGACAGGGUGAUGAGCGCGGCGAGCUGGAGCCCGUCCGCACUUGCGCCUUACGUGACCGGCAUUCGUUCCGAUGACUACGAGACCCAGUUGAUCUGCACGAAGUACUUCCGGAAGCUGCUGUCCAUUGAGGUUGACCCUCCCAUUGAGCAGGUGGUGAACGCUGGCGUGGUGCCCGUGUUCAUUGAGUUUUUGGGGCGUUUCGACGCUCCUGAGCUUCAGUUCGAGGCGGCGUGGGCCAUCACGAACGUGGCUUCGGGCAACCAGCAGCAGACUAAGGUGGCGACUGACAACGGCGCCGUGCCGAAGCUGAUCGCGCUGCUGGAGGCGCCCCGGGAGGAGGUGCGCGAACAGGCGAUUUGGGCGCUGGGGAACAUCGCCGGCGACUCGCCUGAGUGCCGCGAUUUGGUGCUGGGACUGGGCGCGCUGAAGCCGCUUCUGUUUUUGCUGGCCAACUCUGAGAAGGAGAGCGUGGUGCGCAACGCCACGUGGACGGUGUCUAACCUGUGCCGCGGGAAGCCUAAGCCAGUGUUCCAAGACGUUCAGGAGGCCAUUCCCUACCUGGCCAAGCUGCUGAACCACACCGACACUGAGGUGCUUACGGACGCGUGCUGGGCGCUGUCGUACAUUUCUGACGGCAAUGAGGAGCACAUCCAGGCAGUGCUAGACUCCGGCGCGUGCCCGCGUCUGGUGCAGCUGCUGGACCACCCGCAGAGCGUGAUCCAGACGCCGGCGCUGCGAACUGUGGGCAACAUCGCGACUGGCAACGACCGUCAGACCCAGAUGAUCGUGGACUGCGGCUGCAUCCCUAUCCUGUACAAGCUGCUGUUCUCCGACAAGAAGACCAUCAAGAAGGAGGCGUGCUGGACGCUGUCUAACAUCGCCGCCGGCACCCGCGACCAGGUGGAGGUGUUCCUGCAGUCUGACUCCGUGGAGAAGCUGCUGGAGUUGAUGACGUGCAACGACUUCGACGUGCAGCGUGAGGCCAGCUGGGCCAUUUGCAACGCCGCGUCUGGCGGGGACCUGAGGCAGGCCGAGAACCUGGCGUCGCGCGGCUGCCUCCGUUACAUUUGCUCCAUUUUGUCUACGAGCGACACUAAGCUGAUCAGCGUGGCGUUGCGCGCGAUGGAGAACAUCUUAAACGUGGGCCAUCACCUGAUGGAGCUGAACGGUCUGCCGGCGAACCCCUACGCCAUCGCCGUGGAGGAGCUGGAUGGUGUGCGGGCACUCGAGGUCCUGCAAGAGAGCAAGGUGCACACCGUGUACCGCCGGGCGCGUGAUAUUCUGCAGCAGUACUUCCCCGAGGACUACGACCUGGAUCAGGACCUGAGCGAGUCGUCGAUGAACGGCGGUUUUCAGGAGGUCGUGCCUGCGGGCGGUUUCCAAUUUUAG